GAUAACAAUCCGGCUUCAACACUUCGAAUUUAUGAAAAAGAUGAUAUCAAAUAAUUAAAAUACUGUCGAAUAAAAUCGUAUUUGUGUUUCUUUAUUCAUUUUUGUUGUGUGUAUUUAGUUAGUGUUAACAAUUUUUAGAAUGGCUGAAAAAGGAGAUCAGCAGAUUGAUAAAAGUACUGCCCCUACUAAUAUUACGGAUCAGGAACGUGACUGGGCUCAACAAGCACUAGCCGAGUAUGAACAAAAAAAUUUUAAAGCUUGUAUGGAAUAUUUGAAGCAGAUUGAAGCUGUACGAUCCAAUGAUCCUAAAGUUAUGCUUAACAAGGCGAUUGUUGAGUUUUAUGAAAAUGGUCUCUGCACAACAGACAAGUUUCGCAAAGCUUUUACAGAAGUCUGCACACAAGUUGAUAUUAAUCUUGAAUUAUUAGGUUCACUAGAUGAUGUAGAGAACUGUAUAUACUAUUAUAAUUAUGCAGUUUUAUUAUACCAUUUAAAGUAUUUCAACAAAGCUCUCAAUGUCAUUAAUAUAGUUUAUGCUUUUAUUGAGUCAUUAGAGGAAAGCUUGGCUCAUAAAGUAUGCUUAUUGAUAGUCCAGCUUCAUUUGGACACUCAAAAACCUAUGAAAGCAUUAAAACUUAUUUCAUACAUUGAGAGUCAAUUUGUAUCCACAGAAAAUGCCACAAAUAUACUUACUGGAUCUGGAGAACAGGGAGGUCCUAUUCAUAAUGAACCAGAUAAGACAGAAAAAAAAACAAAUUUAGAUGCUGCAACUGAUGCAUUUCGAAUAAGUUUAAUUCAGUAUCGAGUAAGAUGUUUAAUGGAGUUGAAUCAGUUUGAAGAAUGUAUUCAGCAAAUAGAUACUAUUAAAGAAAAACAAGAUCCAGUAACUUUACUUUUAAUGGGAAAAUUAGAGUAUCUUCGUGGACAUCAUAAAGAAGCUUUAGAAAUAUUAAAAGAAAUUCAUCAAACAGACAGUUUCAAAGAAACGGGUGUGUGUUCAAAUGUAUUAGUAAACAAUAAUGUUGCAUGUUUAUACCAUUAUGCAAAAAAACCAACAUUAGCUUAUACUUCUAUUUACAAAGCACUUGUUCAACAUCAAAAAUCUUUAAAAGAAGUUACAAAAGCAAAUCAUGUGGAAGGAGCUUUGUCGGGACAACCUUUACACGUGAUUGGAGCUAGUGUCAAGACUGAACUAAUGUUCAAUUUAGGUAUUAGUUUAUUACAUGCACAAAAGCCUGAAGAAGCAUUUGACUGUCUUAUAGAAGCAGUUCAGACAUAUCAUAUGAACCCAAGAUUAUGGUUACGCUUAGCAGAGUGUUGCAUUAUGACACACAAAAGUAGUAAUGAAAGAGAUUUUGACUUUAAAAAACCUUAUAUUGAAGGUGUGGUUGGUUCUGGUAUACAUAGAAAAAUCAUUUUGAAAUCCCAAUUAUUUCCUGAUACCAAGUAUAGUAGUGAAGCAGUUUCUGCUGCUGUUCCAAUGCCUAGUCUAGAAUUUGGCUCAUUGUGUAUUCGAAAUGCAGCUAUAUUAAUAAAAAAAGAUUCUAUAGAUUAUUCACCAUCCCAUACACCAGUAGAUAAUGAUAUUCAUUAUAUUUUUGGUUGUAUACAAUCUGCUGGUGCUUACAUAGCGUUAUGUUUGGGAGAUCCUAUAGUAGCAUUAAAAUAUUCUCAAGAAUUACUUGAAUACAAUACAGUAAACAAAGUCCACAAAUUUUUAGGUCACUUGUAUGCAGCAGAAGCACUAAUUUUAUUAGAUAAGCCUAAUGAAGCUAUUGAUAUGUUAAAAGAAUCUAGUGCAUUAGAUGAUUUACAACCUGAAUUACAAGAACAACUUACUUCUGAUAAUUGGAAACCAGAUAAACAGAAAUCUGCUAAAGCAGUACUUUAUUAUAAUCUAGCAGUAGCAUUGACAUUGAGAGGAGACCUUGAUAAAGCUGGAGAACUGCUUAAACAAAUAUGGCUGUCAAAAAUUGAACAUGUUUCAGUCCCAGUGCAUGUUGUCAUAUUAGCUUUAUACAUUCAUUUGAGAUUAGGCCAAAAAGAAAUUGCAAUAACAUUAAUUAAACAAAAUUGUCCUCAAGCAAAAAGAUAAAACAUUAUUUUAAAAUAACACCUAAUUUAUUAUUUUAUGUAUUUAUAUUUUAUUUUCUAUUUAAGUAUACAAUAAUAUAUAUUAUGGUAGUCAAUAAA